GUUAACUCCGACAAGCGAAGGUACACUUAAGGUCCAGCACUGAGAAAGCAACGCAUCACCAUGAAGGCUGUCUUCGUCCUCGCCCUCUGCAUCGCCACCGCCGCCGCCCGCUCCGCCUAUCAGCUUCCUUCGGGCGCGGAGCUCCUGAGGUCGCAGGUGAUCACCUCCUUCUCCUGCGCCGGACGCCCCUACGGUUACUUCGCCGACGUGGCCAACGACUGCGCCAUCUUCCACGUCUGCUACCCCGUCAACGAUGAGCUGGGCAACAUCAUCGAGGAGGCCCAGUUCUCGUUCCUGUGCGGCAACCAGACGGUGUUCAGCCAGGAGUCCCUCACCUGCGCCCACCCCGAGGAGGCCUUCCCCUGCGACCAGGCGGAGACCCUCUACGACCUCUCCAACGCCGACUUCGGCAAGAUCCCCGAGGAGUUCUAAGGACCUCACCCUCGCACCCUCACCAUCGAAGACGCGAAGUAGACUGACGAUUACGCGCUUGUCGUUUUAAUCGCAAGCGAAAAAAAACUCAUUAUCUACGUUUAGCGUGCGCCCGCUAAGCUUCUGGUAAUGUCUCUUGAACAUAAUUUCCUAAUUACAUGUCAUCUCAGUAAACACCGGUUCUUGUUUUGAGAGCUCGGAGACUACCUAGUUCCCCUUGUCCAGUAGACCUGGGCUUCUGUACCACCCUGGCGGCCAGCAGUUGACCUGUUCCCCUCAGGGAAAUAGACGACAAAUGAAUUUGA